AUAAUUUUAUUUUAGUAGUUUAGUUAGUCUGUGGCGUUCAUUGUAUGUGUUCGGUUGUUGUGUGAGGCUUGUCUAGUCCGCUCUUACGUAUUAUUUUAUUACUUUAUUUUAACAAUCGUGUAUUCGUUGAUCUUUUAUAAAAUUGGUUAAUGCCUACUUCAGACAUUUGACCAAACAAUGAAUCCGUGCUGAUACUUUACUAUCCCUAACAACUUUUUAGUUUCGUGCGUAAGUGGUACCUUAGUGUAGUGUUACAUACAAAAUGAGUGCCAAGAAAGGAUACGACACAAAACUUCCGGAGGAUGAAAACACAGACUCUGGGUUCCUGUCCGGGGAACAGCUGUUUUCUGGCGAAUUAGAAAGUGGAUCAAAUCUAGACAGUGAUAGUAAAAAUUUGCAUAGUGACACCGUUGAUGUGAAUACAGAUAGUGGUGUUGUGUGUAUAUCAGAAAAUUUAUCGUUACUGGAUUUGGAUACGCCUACAGAACAGCCACGGCGGGAAGAGCCAAAGAAUGCAGAUAUAGCUAUACUGAAUGUGUUAUUCCAACAGGAUGAGGAUGGGGAUUCACAAUUGCACAUAGCAGCGGUCCACGGCUGUCAAAAAUCAGUCAGCACACUCAUCAACCUCUGCCCGGAUAAAUCAUGGCUGGAUAUGCCGAAUGAAUAUGGUCAUACGCCCCUUCACCUUGCUGCUAUGAGUGGUCAUGAAGUAAUAACAAGAAUGUUGGUCGUAGCCGGGGCUUCAAUAGCGGCCAGAGAUAGAAGAGGACAAACGCCAAUACACGUUGCCACAGAAAUGAGCCAAGUGGAAUGCCUGAAGGCACUUCUCGCUCCAGUAAAAGAACAUCCCACGAGGAAGAUGUCUUCGAUACUAAAUCAGAAGAAUUAUAAUGGACAAACGUGCGUGCACACAGCGGCAAAUACAGGUCAUAUCAAGACGUUACAGACGCUCGUCUAUUACGGCGCUGAUAUAAACAUGAGAGAGGGUUUAGCCGGUUCGACAGCGUUGCACAUCGCGGCGCGGCGCGGCGACGUGCCGCUGGCGCAGUACCUGCUGGCGCAGUGCCCGGGCGUGGAGCGCGGCGCGCGCGACUGGGCGGGCCGCUCGCCGCGUCGCCUCGCGCGCCGCGCCGGCGCCGCGCGCGCCUUCGCUGCCUUGUCCAGCGACAGCGACUCGGACUCCGACGACGAUGAUGAUGUAAGCACAACUUGAUUCACAGGCAUAUGACAGCGACAAUGAGAGCUUAUUCGAGAAACUCCGCGACAAUCUGAACCCAAUCAACGUCGCUUGAAUCACGCCAAUAACAAAGUACGUCCUUCUUGGAAUCUUCGCAAAUGGGAAGUAUAUUUAUUUCUUUGAAUUAUGACAAAAGUAGCAUUUCAUGCCACAAAACUAAACUAAAACUUUUGUAGGCGACAAAAGGCGUCGUUUACUUUUUAUAUUUAUAAAUAGAUGAAUGGUUUAUACGCGAAAAACUUCAAAUGUGCUAAUAGACCAUAUGUGUUGAUUAUGUUCAUAAGACUGCGAAGAUAAAAGAACAAUAUUUUACUGACAUUAGUCUUACCAACUUGGCAAACGAUUUUAGAAACAGGGCUAUAAAAUAUUUAAAAUUUUUAUUAACUAUAUAAAAUAUUUAUGAAAUAUUCAUGACUUUAAGUUGUGGCAGAAUGAUUUUAAUAUACUUAUGUAUAUAUUGUAAAUGCGCCUGGCGUGUGCUGUUCACACGCUUGGCGUGUUUUCAACCGAAGGUGUUUGUGCGUAAAUAAAUCUGUAGUACUUAUUUGAUUAUAUUACUAUAAUUUUUUGCUGAGUUGCCAAAUAAAAACAAUGCAUUAUGAAGUGCGCAGUAAAACGUUGUAAUGUAAAGAUAAACAAUAAAGUCGAUAAGGAAAUAAUAAUUGUAGCACAUUUAAUGUACAUUAAUAUGUCAUUGUUGUUUGUUAUACGAAGACGGGUCUUUAAAAUAAUAAUUUAUGAAGUUUCCUUAAUUUUAUUCAAUGUAUUAGUGACUAUUUACAUACAUACAUACUCAUUAUUUUGUAAAAAUACAUUUAUGUAAAUCUGGUAAAAGUAUGAUUGGAAAAUUAUUUCACUAGUUUCAUUUUACGAAUAAUAUUGUUAAAACUUAUUCACAAUAGCUUUUUUUUUCUCGACAUUAAAGUUAAAAAUAUCGCUUGACGAUUCCUCUUUCAACUGACGUCAAUAUAAAUACAAGUUUGCUCCGUUGAUAUGGAAGUAAAAGUAUGAAAAAAUUAGACGUAUAUUAUUACAAAAAAAAAGUGUUAUUAAUUUCAUACCGCAUAAGUUUGAUUGUGAAUGGUUAAAUAAAAAAUGACCGACCACAAAUUAUCUGAGUGGUCAAGCCAAGGUCUCUCUGCUCUUCUGAUAAGAUUGAAGUCACUUGCAGAGUUUGUUUGCAUGGGACUAAUUGAUAGCCCCCCACUACCAUGAAACGUAAAACACGUACGUACGUCAUUGCGUUCAACACGUUCUCUCUUUUUACAUGCUGCUUACACAAUAUGGGAAAAAGAGACAGCAUUUGGACAUUAGUAACAUAAUACGUGUUUUGUUUCGUGGUAGGCCUUCUGAGCGUUAACUCAUCUCUGAUAAGGUACACGCAACGGCAUAUCAAGUUCCCCUGCAUGGUAAUAGAGGCGAAUUUACAAUUUGGUAGCUUGAUGUGCGGUUGAUUGUAAAUGUCGAUGCAAAUUAAGGUGGAUUUAUAUGGAUAAGGUGGGUUUUGUGUCGUGUCAUGACGUGAUGUUGAAGGAGGUCGCUUGUAUGCGUGUAAUAGUAUCUCCAUACAAGCGAUACAAUUUCGUCGCGUCACGUGACAACAAGCCAGACAAAUAUAAACUUAGCUUAACUGACUUGAAACUCGUGAUACUGAUUUACUUUACUUUUUAUAAAGUAGAUGGUUCAUUAAACAGUAAAGAUUUCGAAGGUUAUAGAAUAUUCGAAGAAGGCUAUCCUCGAAUCCAAUUAUUUAUUUUUAAGGGCUUCACCGCAUUGCGCUGUUUUAAAACUGCUAUUUUUUUCGUAAAUAAAUGCGAAGAAAAAACGCACCGAUUAAAAAUCUGUGAUUUGACGCAAACAUUUCACAUUCAAUUAUGUAUCGUAUUUCAUGACGUUAAAGUUCAAUUUGCAUCAAACCAAUGUAGCGUCAAAAUCAGUUUGAUGCAAAUUGAACCAUAAGUCCAAAGACUACGAUAUAAAAUAGAAUGCGCGGAACAGUGCGUAUAGGCCCACUGUCUUGUUCUGACUUUCACUCGAAAGUAGCAAUUAAGACGUGUACUUAGUUAAAAAUUAAAUAAUUGGAUAAUUUGUUAUUGUUAGUUGUCAGAUAAAAAUAAUAAAAAACGAUUAUUUUGUAAGUUGUGAUCUUUUUGUGAACCUUAUUUAAAGAGCUUAAGGUUGAUUUUGUAUUGAUGAUAAAACUACUUGUAAGCUUGAGCUUUGUGAAAGAGGGACCCGAAAAUUGGAUACACACAAGUUUUUCCUAGUUUCUUUAUAUUUAACCAUAAUUUAAUGUGUGGUCAGACAAUGUCAGUUGGUAGAUAUAUCAAGACAAAAAAUGCAAUUAUAAGUAUUAUACUUACUAUUAAAACUAGUAAUAAAUUCUUCAUAUUGGUUGAAUUUGACCGACCGAUAGGAAGAGAUGCAAUUAUACAAAAGAAAGAGCAGCAGGACGGCUUUCCUUUUCUGUUAAAUACGUGCAUCUCUUUCUGUUGGUCGGUUGGAUCCAACGGAAUUGAGGCGUCCAUUACUAGUCUUACACCUUAAUUGAGUGCCAUCUAAAUAUUUUUUUCAGAUUAAAAACAAUACGUUUAUGGUGAUGUGUUCAUUCGAUUGUGAUUUCGACUUGAUAUAAAUGUCCAGCUGACUGUAUUUAUCGAUAUGUUUUAUGUAUCUUGUGUUCUAAGGUGAUGUAGUGCAAUGGACAAGGAGUACUUGAUAUAAUUAACGAAAUUUUAUAUAGGUACUUAUUUACUUUGUAUAUGUAUUUGAUAGUUUAUUUAUUAGACAUAAAGUGUAAUAUUAUUAGAUUUGUCAUAUUAUUAUUGUAUGUAUUGUUUUGUUAGAUUUAAUAAACUCAUUUAACAUUAUUUAAA